AUGACGACUGCCUACGAUUUCCCCGAUUUGAACAUCUCACCCAUAUUUGGUGAAGAAGAAAGCGAUAAUGAAACAGCUGCACAGAAUCUAGCCAACGUGGACGUCCCCAUACAGGAUGUUUUGAAAGGAUUAUCAAUUUCGGAGAGUGAUCCGUCUAGAAACCUUUUAUCGAGUGAUCUAUCCAAUGGCGAGAGUGGUUCAGGUCUAGAACGCCGUUUAAUGUGGUCGUACGGCAAUCCACGAGUUGUUGAUUCUUUUGACUCGUCGUCUGAAGGAGCAUUUGCUGCACUUGAGUGUGAGAUGAAGCGUUCACUUUUCUCGGUCGCCGAGUCCUGUGAUAUCGCUGCUGAUCUACAAGAAUCUUUUUGUAGUAUUCUGAACGGCUGUCGCGUCAGUGUGGAAAUGGGGUGUUGCACCGAGUCGUCGGAAGAUGUCCGUUCUCGGCUUCGUCGUAUGGGAGCCGUUGUUUCACGGCGUUUCACAGAAACAACUACUCAUGUGGUGUUUUCCUCCGGAGGAAGAGCAGCAAUCUUGCGACGUGCUUUCGCCGCCCAGAAAAAGCCAUUUCUUGUUGAUCCUCGUUGGGUGUAUGAGUGCUUUCAUAAGCGGACUCGUGUACCAGAAGAGCCGUACUCCCUGUAUGACUGCCGCUUCUUAAUCAGUGCUCUUCGAAGGAGCUUGGACGCACGAUCUGCUGCUGAAAAUCUCGAGCUAUCUCACGGAGACGAAAAUGACGCGCAUAUCACAACUUCCAUUUUACAUGCUAAUGAAGCAGGUCCUCUGACACACAGUGCUCUACCUGAGGUUCCGGUCCGUGAAAAAAUCCUACGUCGACGCACUCAUUGUGCUUUUCCACUGGAAUAUCGUGAUCCAUCCUGUGUCGCGGUGCAAAUGAAGAAGAUGCCAUAUGUGGAAGGAUCAGACGAACUGACCUUGAUGUCAAUGCUGACACAGAAAAUAAAAGGCUCGAAAACUGUCACUGGACGACUUAAGCCUAAUUCACAGAACAAGUUGGCGAUAAGAGGAAAUGAUGGUGGAGCAGAAACUGCAGCCAGUGUGCGUUUAACGCAGAAAUGUCUCCGACCAAUUGAAAACAGUUCCGAAAUGGGAGGGCUUCUUGGUUUCAGAGCUCCUUCUUAUGGUGGGGCUUAUGGUCCGUUGGUUGAAACUGCAUCUUCGAUGAUAAAUGAUCUACAGUUGGCGUCGACUUCGGAAGAGUUUGUCAAGAAAAAGCAAUUUCCUACUACCGCUGCUAAAAGCAGAAAUGGUAUCGUAUUCACUGGAUUCUCAAGAGAAAGAGAAAGAGAAUUAAAUUCCACUGCCUCUGAAUUGCGCCUGAAAGUACAGGCAAAAAUCACCAAUAGAACAUAUUGUGUUAUAAGUGCGAAUGGAGAUCGCACUCUAAAUACCCUACGAGCUGUUGUGUCUGGUAUUCCUGUGGUGAAGUUGGAAUGGCUUGACGCUUGUGCUGAUGCGAACAAGUUCCUGCCGCUCGAUCGAUUCUAUCAUGAAAAAUGGCAGAAUUUAAUACAGAAGCGAGCAGAAUAUUGUCGUGUGUUUUCCGGAGUUGGAAAAAUUUUUGUAUGCGAUAGUUGUUCCCCUCCUACAGAUGACAUUGUGUGGAUGAUAAGACAAAGCGGAGGAGAGGUAACGAGUGAUCCAUGUGAGUGCGCUCUAGUUGUGGCUCCUCAUGAUCACUCCUUAGAAAUUUUGUGCUCGGAAGAUGUGGAAUUCCCUCCGCCUGUUGUCGUCGAGAAGUACAUCCUGGAUUGUAUCUGUGAGAACGAAAUACUAGAGUUUGACGGCUACAUGGAACAUGAUGUAGUGGAUGAAAUCUACUGA